CGCUGAGAGAAAAGGUGAAGACCCAAGUGGCCAAAGCAGCGGAGAGUCUGGAGUUGCCCAACCCGGAGGAAGAAGCAUGCGAAAUUAAUUACUCUGAGUUGUGUCCCGAAGGAUGGGGAGAUUGGGGAAACGGAGACAACUGCAUAAGUCCAGCUAGCUACCAAGGACCGUGUAAAAAAAAAAUGACAUCGUUUGUGAAUUCAACACCUAGAGAAAAAUUUCAUUUCUCCAUAAAGUGUGGUGUGUCAUGGCCAUGCUUGCACAGAUGCAGUGAAGGAGAUCUGCUGGAGGAGGAGUGCCCCGAGAGUUGGGUUCUUAAAGGAAGGAUAUGUCACGCCCCGAAAUCCUACAGGGGCAAAUGUGUGCGGAAAAAAAUUUUUACACAUUUUUCGAGAGAAGAAAAAAAAGCAUGGGCAGAUGCAUGCGAUAUCAGUUGGCCUUGCUCCAAAAAAAAUUACAACUUUGACGAACUCUGUCCGAAGAACUGGAUGCCUAGUCCGGAUUAUACACACUGCUCUGCGGCUAGUUCUUAUGUCGGACCGUGUGGUCCUGUUUUGUAUCUCUCCAAUAUGAAGGAAGCGGAGAAACGGAUAUUAAUGAGAAAGUGUAACGUAGAAUGGCCUGUUAGAGCGAAUGCGGAGGAGAAAAAAGUAAGCGACCAGGUGUGUCCUCUGGGGUGGAUAAUUAACACUUCGAACAGAAGGGGAGGAGUAGGAGGGGGAGGGACGACUACCUGUUCCCCCCCCCAUUCGUACAACGGUCCGUGUGCACAAAGUGAAGAAAUAAAAAACAUAUCCUUCGAUCAUAUGAGUAAGGAGGAGAAGCAUGAACUGUCUCAAAGGUGCGACUUUAUGUGGCACUUUGCAAAUGAGCAGUAUCAAGAUUUCGAUUUGGCUUGUCCUUACAAUUGGGUUCUAAUAGAUGCAGCAGAUCACAUUUGUGCAGCUCCUGUGGAAUACACUGAACCGUGCAGCAACAUGUCCUCCUUCAAGGGUUACACUCACGAAAUGAAGGCUGCCUGGGCAUUCCGAUGUAAAGCCCUUUUUGUUAACGAGAGGGCACUCGGAGUGGGAGUCCUAAAAGGUAGACAAAUGGGGAGCCAAUCCAAGAAGGGGAAAAUAUUUGGCCUAAACAGAGAAUUGAAAAGUGGAGGUAUUCUCCUUGCAGAUGCACCUUGGCAGAGGGAUGGUCCCAUAGGAUCCGUCACGUCCAAUUAUCACAGAGGCGAUUGGAAUGCUGCGACCAGUAAGGAGUUCCUCCCAAACCAUGAUGAAUCGUUAAUGCAUACAAACGGGAGGGGGACCUUACCUAUAACUGAGGAGAAGAAUGAGGACCAUCUCCACGAGUUUAUCAUAAGCGACCAAAAAAUUACUGAGCUUCUUCUGCUUAAGCAGGCAUCGAAGGAUCAUGAAUUACGGAGGAGCAUCGAUGAGGUUGUGCAUACGUUGAGGAGGGGACACUCCUCCCCCAGGGGGGCAAACGCAUUUUCUUUUCUCCAGGUGAAGUCGAAGGGGGAAAAGUUGAGCAGGUCGGCAAAGGGUCUUCACAAAGAACUCGCCGUGGGGUCUUCAGUUGUGGGGAGGGAGAAAAAAAAAACACUGAGAGAGGGGGACCCAGGUGAGCAGUCCCCUCUGAGAGAGAGGCACCCAGGUGAGCAGUCCCCCGUAAGAAAGACGAACGCAGAUGAGCAGCCCCCACUGCACGGUCGAGCUGCUCCACCCACAGCAGAGGUACAAAAUUUAAGCGAAAUGAAAAACUCCUAUAGGAGCUAUAAACUCGAAAAGGGGGACCAGUCAUACUACGAGCAUAUCUGCUUGGAAAAAAACUACUCGGAGUGCCCUGUGGGGUGGACUAAAUUAAGUGCCAAGCAAUGCAUGGCCCCAAGUUGGUAUAGAACCAACGUGCAUAAAUGCAGCUCCAUGAUAAACCUGAACGAUUUGACCAGAAGCGUGUACGAUGUAGCUCAUGAUAUGUCCUUCGUUACAUUCGAUGAAGAAAGAAUAAAGAAGCUCGAGAAAAAAUGUGGGUUAGCAUUUCCUUGCAGGGAUUGCGAACGGGAUUAUGUACAGGUGCCUUGUCCCCUGGGGUGGACUGAAACGAAUGACGAAUUGUGUAAAUCUCCUGCAGAUUACCCACCACACUUGAAAGAGGUUUGUGGAGACAAGGUUAACUUUAAGUAUGCCACUCCGCUUAUUAGACGUAAUUGGAGCCUGUUGUGUAGAUCCGAUUGGCCGUGCUUUUCUUCCUGCGAGAAGAACUACGCGGCGGUGUGUCCCCUUGGGUAUGAACUCAUAAACGAGCGCUUGGACACUGCUGGCGGCGGGACCGUUCACGUCUGUGUGAAUCGGAGCUGGGCGCCGGGCCGGAAAGAAGUUGGCCGCACAGAAGUUAGCCGCUCAGAAGGUAACCACGUAGAGGCUAACCAGCCGAACGCGUGUCUCGUGAUCGAAGUGUACAACAGUGUGGAGAUAAAGAAACAAAUCGAACGGACGUGCCGAGUCAUUUGGCCAUGCCUCGAAAAGUGCGUGCAGGAUUACCACCAGACUUGCCCGUACAACUGGCUGCUGAAGCAAAAUAACUGCAUAGCUCCAUACCAUUACAGCCCCCCACAGGGGUGUUCCAAGUCGUUUGCAGUUAGAUCGUUUAGCUCCUUCGAUAAGUACCUCUUUUCAAAUAAAUGUUUCGCUCCUUGGCCAUGUAUCAAUGCUUGCCAACAGGACUGGUCCCAACCAUGCCCCGCUCACUGGGCUCUCGUGACACGGAGAAAAAAUGGGAGAAAAAAUGGAAAAAAAAAUGGGAAAGGAAAUGGGAAAGAAGAUGCCGUGGAUAGCAAGACAACCUCCAGCCCUCUCUUUUGCAAACCGCUAAAACGCUACAUGCAUAGUGGGGUGUGCACAGAUGAAUAUUACGACUUGACAGAUUUCACCUUUUUGCAAAAACAGGAGUUCUCCCACCGUUGUGGUGUUAGGUGGCCUUGCGGCAGCAGCUCUCGACUGUAUUCCCCCAAUUGGCAAUCGGAGAAGGUGUACCACGACGUGGGGUUCCAGCGGCUAAGGACGCUGCGUUUUUAUGAUGCCCACUACGCUAUGAGGUACGCCAAAUCGGGCAAUUCCUUCUUCU